CCUCUCCAUACUAACUCACACAUUCAUCUCACAAAAAAUGGCAAGCUGUGGUGCAGCAGUACAAAGGACAUCAGCUACUUCUACAAAUCCUUCAUCCCAAACUCAGCCUAAUGAAUCAAAACAAAUCCCAAAUCUUGAAAACAAAAAAACAUUUUCCUUCCAAAUUUUAUGUCUAUUUAGCAUCCCUUCCAUCCUUGAAUCAGCAACAUCGCGAAUCAUAGAAGACUUGCACAAAUUUGGGAUAUACUAUGCUGAAUUCAUGUGGAUAGUCCUUUUCAUCUUGCUUAUUUCUGAACGUAAAGUUUCAUUAGUCUGUUUAGUUGCCAUGAAGGAAGUGGCAAUUUUGUACUGGCUAUUUCGUAAUUCAGUGGCCAAUUCUGUUAUGUUUCGUUGGCUUAUCGCGCUCGAUACUAGGCCUAUUGUUCUGCCACUGCUAGCCAUUGGGACAUGUCUUGCUCUUAUAGUCACUGGUGCUGGAAUUCAUCUUUUAAUCACUUUGGCUCUAACUUUUCCAAUUGUUUUGGCUCAUGCAGUUCUUUGUGUAGCAGAGGAUUUUUCUUUGGAUGAGGAAAUUGAUCAAGAAUCUGUACCCAUUGUUCAUACCGUGUAAAAUUAGGCCAAUUUUGUUUGAUGAUUUGUGGCAAUAAAGUCAAGGAUGUUGUGUUUGUCAACUUUUCUUCUGUG